AUGUUCCAGGCGAGCGAGGACGGGAAACAGCGGUGGACCCUGAUUACCGUAGUCGUCGGGGUUACAACCGCCAUUAAUCUUGGGGUUUGCAUCGUUUUUCGAGUGUUGCUCGAUUCGGAGGAUGAGAAAAAUGAACCGUUGAUUAAAGGUGAAUUGCGUGACCGUAUGACAGCCUUCCUGGGUGUCUUCACGAUGACGUUCUUCUUCGGCUGCUGGUGUUGCUUCUGCUGUGGCGGAUGGGUUUUUCAGGCAAUACUGUCGGUUCCACUGUAUUGCUACCGUGGCUGUGGCAAAGUCCUAUUCGGUGCGGCCAACUUGCAUCGAUUUACGCGAGAGGAGAGACGCGCUUCUGACAAAGAACAAAUCGUCGAGGACGUGGUGAUGACGGCCAGGGGAUGCCCGAGGGAGCAGUCAUUCACCCGUGAGCCCCGCGACAUGAUGGCCUGGGAACGGGCACCGCCAUUCGAUUUUUUGGUCCAUCUGGAGUCAGUCGAUGCUCGUCUCCCUCCUCGAUCUCAGCCCCCACAACGAACCCGUGCAUAUUCUAUCGAUGUCGGAUUUCAA